GCGUGCGUGUUAAAGAGUUCCAAUGACUUUGAUAAUUUUUCUUCUGUAUGCCUGUGGCCUCCUGAACAAUGCAAUCCUGUUUUUCUGGGUUUAUUUUUCGAGGUCGACACCUCACAGGCUGAACAGAAUUCUUUUAGUGCAAUUGUCCCUGAACACGUGGAAUAUCAUUGCUCAUGCUGCAGUUGAGUUCUCACGGCAACAUGUUUGGAUUGUUUUGGCGAACAGCUUGUCUUUCUUUUCCAAUUAUUUACUAGCUACACUGGUUUUGUCGACAUCUUUGGGAAGAUCUAUGGAACAACGCCUCAAGUCUAAAAUGAACGUGGCAAUUUUCGUUUUAGUUUCGUCUAUAUUGCUGGUGUAUUAUGGACGGAAAUUUGAACUCUGUCAAACUGGGAACUGUUUUAGUCCACAUCUUGCUAAAACAGACGACGAACUGGCCAUUUUAAAGAGUGAAAUGGCAAUGUUUUACGCUCCUUCAACUGUUCUUUUCUUCGGGUCGUGGUAUCUUGGUUUUCGUUCUUGUAAACGAACAGCAAAGAAAGAUCAUACUAGGAACACGAUGAAAGACUAUAUAAAACGUUUCUCUCUCUUAUUCUCGAACAUUGGUGUUUCGUUGUUUUUACUUUAUGGUUUGAUCGUCAUGGAUGGGAUUUUGUAUUUCAACGAGGACAGCGACAUUUCUAUGACUAAUCAUUUGUGUCGAAUGAGCUGUCUACAUGAAGAGCUGUAUGUUUUGUUAGCAAUGUUUCCAGUUUACAUGUAUUCUUUCAUGUUUCCAAAUGAUGAGAAAAAAACAAGAGACGAACGUUUUUGAUGAAACAUAUGACAAAGCCAAGAAAUAAAUGUUCUAAAUAAAUGGAAAAGCGUUUGAAAAGCGGACAUAGGCUUGAUUUAACUUAAGGCCUCAUUUCAAAAUGGCGGCUAAAACAAACGCAUUCCGGUAAGCGUUCUUCAUUUAGUUAUCUUAAAACUUUCAAUUAGCCAAGUAUUUGUGUCAGCCAAGAAUGUGUCUCUUUGAAUUUCAAAAAUUGUAGAUAUGAGUAAAUGCUGCAUCACGUAUGCUAGAGCAUCAAAGGGAUUCGGUAAAAACACAACAGAUUUCUUUGUUUUGAUGCACAACUAUCUUUGCUUUAGAAACUUCCCAUAAGUUCAUUUAGUCACCCUGUGUCAAUACCAAGAGAGGAUGACGUCAUUCUCUUCUGUGAAUGCAAAGACGAAUUAAAGAAUGCAGUCUGGUCAAAAUCCCCGCAAAAAGCGCCAUAAGCUAUAGGAUAU